ACUCUGCUUGCCCAGUCUUGUUAAGCUUUGAUAUCAGAUACACUCUAAUGUGAUUGAAUGUGCUCCAACUGGUUUUCUCUUUCUGAGGAAAAGGAAGUUACAGCUAGUUUAUCAUUCAGUCUAAAGUCCAGUAGAGGAGCUGAGUGUGUUCAGGAGUGUGAUAUAAUAAACUGGUCGACUGUGAGAAACUACAGAUCGUAUUAUCAUAUAUGAGCUGAUGAGUGUCUCUGCUGUAGGACUGGAGAUCCUGAUAAAGACGGAGCUGAACUUUUCUACCUGAAGACUCUGAAAGACUCUGAACACUGACCUCAGAAUCAGCUGGUUUUCUCUUUCUGAGGAAAAGGAAGCUACAGCUAGUUUAUCAUUCAGUCUAAACCCCAGUAGUGAAGCUGAGUGUGACCUCAGAAUCAGGGAUGAUGUUUCUCUGUGUGAUGCUACUGAUCUUCUCUGGCUUUAUGGAGAUCAUGUCAGAGAACUUUAAGGUAGUUGGUCCAGCUGCUCCUCUUGUUGUUGAGGCUGGUGAAGAUCUGGUUCUGCCCUGUUCUCUCCAACCCAACAUCAGCGCUGAGAAUAUGAUGGUGGAGUGGACCAGACCUGAUACUGGCAGUCUAGUACAUCUCUAUAAAGAUCAUGGAGACAGAAAUGAUGAUCAAAUUGAUUCCUAUCGAGGACGAACAGCUCUAUUUAAAGAGGAGCUGCAGAAAGGAAACACCUCACUGAAACUCUCAGCAGUCCAACCUUCUGAUGAAGGAGCUUAUAAAUGUGUCAUUCAGGACAAAUCCUACAACGACGCCAUUACUGUUUAUGUUGAAGUCAAUGCACAUUUUAAAAUUGUUGGUGCAGCUGCUCCUCUUGUUGCUGACGCUGGUGAAGACCUGGUUCUGCCCUGUUUUAUCAAACCCAGCAUCAGCGAUGAGGGUAUUGUGGUGGAGUGGACCAGACUGCAUCUGGAUGAUAGACUGGUGCAUCUGUAUGCAGAUUAUGGAGACAGAAAUAAUGGUCAGAUGGAAUCUUACAGAGGGAGAACAGCUCUAUUCAAAGAAGAGCUGUGGAAAGGAAACGCCUCACUGAAACUCUCAGCACUGCGGCUUUCUGAUGAAGGAGCUUAUAAAUGUCAUAUUGAAUCUGUCGUCUUGAAUGAUGAUGUGAUUGUUUAUGUUGAAGUUAAAGGAAAACAUUUUCAGGGUUGGAAGGUUGCCAUCAUCUGCAUUUCAGUUUUUGCUGUUAUAUUAACGGCGUUUACAGCUUUCAUCUUGAAAGAUAAAUUGUCAAAAAAGAAGCUUUCUCCUGCACAGUGCUCACUCAUAACCUACAUGCGUCUCCAGUCAGAGAAUGUGCGGAAAGAAUUUGAGCUGAAGAGAUACAACACAUCAGAAGAGGGAUACAAAAGACUCAUCCCUACUAUCACAAACUGCAGAAAGGCCCAAUUUGCUGACUGUAAUCUCACUGCACAGUCCCUCGAAACUUUGAGUGCAGCUCUACAAACAGAAAACUCCUCCCUGAAAGAACUAGACCUCAGUAACAGUGAUCUUCAGGAUUCAGGAGUGGAGAAGCUCUCUGUUGGACUAAAGAGUUCACACUGUAAACUGGAGAUACUCAGACUUGCUGCGUGUAAACUCAGUAAACAGUCCUGUGAUGUUCUGCAGUCAGUUUUACAAACAGAAACAUCAUCCCUGAAAGAACUGGACCUUAGUAAGAAUGACAUACAGGAUUCAGGGGUUGAGCUUCUCUCUGCUGGACUGAAGAGUUCACAUUGUAAACUGGAAAUACUCAGAUUAGCUUUGUGCAAUCUUGGGAGGAAUACGUGUGGAAAUCUGGGAUCAGCUUUACAAUCAGAAACCUGGCCCCUGAAAGAACUGGACCUUAGUAAAAAUAACCCGCAGGAUUCAGGAAUGGAGAUACUUUCUGCUGGUUUGAAAAGUUCACAAUGUAAACUGGAGAUACUCAGAUUAGCCAUCUGUAAUUUCACUGUACAGUCUUGCAAAUUUCUCAUAUCAGCCCUACAAGCAAAAAUCUCCUCCCUGAAAGAGCUGGACCUGUGUAGCAAUGAGCUGAAGGAUUCAGUAGUGGAGCUGCUCUCUGCUGGACUGAAGACAGGAGACUGUAAACUGGAGAUACUCAGACUAGCUUUGUGUAACCUUGAAGGAAAAAUGUGUGAAGAUAUUGGAUCACUUUUAAAACUGGAAAACUCCUCCCUGAAAGAGCUGGACCUGAGCAGCAAUGAUUUGCAUGAUUCAGGAGUGGAGCUGCUCUCCACUGGACUGAAGAGUUCACAUUGUAAACUGGAAAUACUCAGAUUAUCUGGUUGUAUGAUCACAAUGGAAGGCUGUUCCUCUCUGGCUUCAGCUUUGAGUUCAAACCCUUCAUACCUGAAAGAACUGGAUUUGACCUACAAUCACCCAGAAGAGUCAGGAGUGAAGCUGCUCUCUGCUAGACUGGAGGAUCCACAAUGCACACUGAGCACUCUCAGAGUGGAACAUGGAAGUGAGAACAGAAUCAAACCAGGACUGAAAAAAUAUUCCUGUGAGGUCACUCUGGAUCCAAACACAGCGCACAGAAAUCUCUCUCUGUCUGAGGGGAACAGAAAGGUGGAGCGUGUGUGGUCUUCACAGUCGUAUCCUGAUCAUCCAGAGAGAUUUAAUCGCUAUGCUCAGGUUCUGUGUAGAGAGAGUCUGACUGGACGCUGUUACUGGGAGGCUGAGUGGAGCGGGACGGUUUAUAUAGCAGUAACAUAUAAAUCAAUCAGCAGGAAAGGAGACAGUGCUGACUGUGGGUUUGGACGGAAUGUAAAGUCCUGGAUUCUGAGCUGCUCUAAUAACAGUUACUCUGUCCGUCACAAUAAUAUCAGCACUGAACUCUCUGCUCGUCCCUCCAGCUCUGGGACAGUAGGAGUGUAUCUGGACUGUCCGGCCGGCUCUCUGUCCUUCUACAGCGUCUCCACUGAUAAACUGACCCAUCUACACACUUUCAACACCACAUUCACUGAACCGCUCUGCGCUGGGUUUGGGUUCUGUAGUUACGGCUCCUCAGUGUGUUUAAAAUAAAAUAACCUCCUGAG